AUGUAUUCUUAUCGCCAGACGGCUCCACCCCCACGUCGCCGGAGAAGGCCUAGACUCUUCACUAAAGAUAUCGAAACGCUACUAUAUGCAUUGGGUGAUGGCCCAGUCUCGCUAGAUUCCACAGUUAACUGCUUGGAAGACUGCCUAGCAGAAUACCUAACAGAUAUGAUGCACGAGGCAUCUCAGUUUGCCAAAUCCCAAGGAAGAUCAAAGGUUAAACAGGAUGAUUUGCCUUUUGCGCUUCGGAAUGAUCCAAUGAAGUUAGGUAGACUUGAAGACAUCAAAGAGUUGCUUGCCAAGAUCAAUAGAGCCAGAAACAUGUUGGAAGACUCUGCAACAGCAAAGAUGGAGUAUUUGGACGAUGAGGACGAAGAAACGACCGAAAAGAAGCCCCGCAAGGGUAAGAAGAGAGGACGCAAGAAGAAGAACCAGCAGAAUGUGGCCAACGAAUCCAACGAGAGCGAGUAA